UUUUGAAGAAGAACUGCAAUGACACCGAAAUUCAUCUUCCAAACAUCACCAGUUCAUCUAUUUUCCAAAUAAUGGCAGACUUCGAACCACCUUCAUUCUCGUUAGGUCUCGAUUGUGACCUAUUCGAUUCAGAACCCCAAACAACUCCAGUUGUAACUCUAGAUACAGAUCCUUCUUCUUCCAACCACUUCUCUCUACCUUUUGCAACGUUCCAACACAACGGUCAUGAUUUUGAAACCCUAAUUGUCGACGAUUCGGAGCCUGAGUAUCCGGAUUCGCACCCGAACCAGAAGCGCCGCCGGCGUAGGCUCACCGGCGCCACGUCAUCAUCAUCACCGGUGUCGGAGUUGCAUUCUACAGCGGUUAUUGAUGAUGAAGAUAUCAGUGUGUUCUCUUCACAGGAAGAUAGGCGUAGAGAUCAACAUCUUCAUACACAACACCAUGUGGUCUAUACCAGUUCGAAUGACCGAGAGCCGGUGCCAGCAUGCUGCAUCAAUGCAGUGUUUCCAAAGUUAUCUGCCGGUACUCCUAGAGGAUUUCAUUCGACUGAUUCUGACUCAGAUUGUUAUGAUCCUGUUGUCAGUAGGAAAUGCAAUGGAUCAGAUUCGAAUUCAAAUCUUAGGAAGUUUGAUGAUCUUCCUCAACAUGUAAAGAGAAAGCAAAAUGUUUCAAAUGCACGGGAAGAUUUCCCAAAUGCUUAUUGUUACUUCUUUCAUGAUGAUCCAAGGAUCCAAGAGCUUGUUAGAAGUCGGCUACCUUAUUUUUCCCCUUUGGGCAGCAUGUUAAACAUGGAUCUUGAGCAGCCCGGUACAGCAAAGAUUGAUUAUAUGGGACAAUUUAGCUUCGGUGAAAGUUCAAAACAAGCUGCCAGAACUCUCACAGACAAGAAAAGUUCAACUAGCAGGAAAGAUUUAAGAAAAUCAAACACCGAAGAGAUGUCACAUGGUUGGGUGAAUCCAAAGCUUGGUGUUGAUAAAGUGACAACAAAAGGAGCUGCGAAAAGAAAGGUUCAUACAGCUCGCCAAAGUGCUGGUCAUUGGAUAACUGGUUCGGAUGGAAAGAGAGUCUAUGUUGGUAAAAGCGGCCAGGAGUUGACUGGCCGAGUAGCAUACAUACAGUACAAAAAGGAGAGUGGAUUAGGGUUUAAAAAGGUAAAGAGAAAAUCUGUUUCCAAGAAGAAGAAAUGAAUGAUGUAGUAAUAUUUUAUGAUAGUGCAGCCUAUGUAACUUUGAGAGCGCUGCUGACUACAUGUAUAAAUUCUAAGCGACACGAUACACCCUGAAUCAAAUUUUGACUUCUUACAUAAACUUUUGAUAAAUGAUUCUAAACGACUCGAUCAGUGGACUCAUCCUCGAUGUCUUUACAAGUCUUCAAGUAAGAGGUUUGUGAUGAUCAACAGUCAACAUCCUCCAUGCCUUUUAAUGAAGAUCAAAGUCUUUAAGGUGGUCCACUAUUUGCAUAUUUCUU